UGCCAUCAUUGGUUUUUGUAGGCAAUCUGGUACAGUAGUGGUGGCACAAAAUCUCUGUUUUCAUUGACAUUCCGUGAUGAAAUAGUUUGUGUAUUACGUGGCAGAAAUGAAUAUUUAAUGGUGCCUUACAUGAAUUACAGAGAUCGAUUCACGGAAAUUAAGGAUGAAGCAGGAAUCCGUGGCAUUGAUGUCGAUAGUGUCGAUUUUGGCAAAUAUCCUCAAAUGGAGGACAUUGAGUGGAUGUCUGCAACUCUAGGUGAAGGCGACUGUAUGUAUCUUCCCUAUAAAUGGGCAAAUCAAAUAAACUCAUUUGCUGGCAAGACUAAGGAGAGUCUUUUCAUCACGUUUUCUUUCAACCAUGUGCACGAUCAUAAACCAAAAGAAUGCUCCAUUGAUCCAAGCGAGGCAACACUGGACAAGUUUCAGUUCUCUCAUUUGGAAGAUGAAGAAAAGGCGCGAAAGGAGGCUGACUUGAUUAGAAAGCACAAACAUGGGAAUCAAACUAAUGCGCAGAACCACGGUGCGGAGGAGGAGGAUGACGAUCAUCACCAUGAUGGGGAGAGUGAGGAUGGGAGCAAUGAAGAUGAAGGAUUGUUGUAUUUAAAUAAAUUCAAAUCUUUCCUGAAGAAACGAGAGAGCAAAACAGUGAAUUUUCAGCAAUUUUUACAAGAUAUAAAGGCUUCAGAUAUUUUUGAUGAAGAUUUAGCUCCUUUCAGUUUGCCUAACUCGUUUGAAAAAAUAACACGUGAGAUUUUCGAUAUAGUGGACGUUGAUAAGGAUAGCUUGCUUUCCUAUAACGAUUUCAAGGCCAUUAGGAACAGCAAAAGGUUUCAGGAAAUUCUUAGUGACUUAGACUGGAAAGUGCGCAAUUGGAGUGGCUAUCUUGACGAUUAUUUGGAAUCACAUCACCAUGGCAAAUCUAAUGAGCAAUUUGAUGUAGAGAGAAAAGCAAGGGAACUUAGAAAAAAGCUAAGUGUUCAUGAUCCUAUGGAGCUGUAGUUUAAUCUUCAGUUGAGUUUUUUUUAAAACGGAAAACAAUUUUUGUACGACAUUUCUAGACGAAUUUUAAUGUGAAUUUUUACGCAAUUUAGGUGUUUCAAGGUGCCUAUAUCGUUUUUCAUCUAAGCACAUUUUGGUCAAAUUGCACACCAAAAUUUUUAUAUAUCACACACAUCAUGGGUUGUUAUUAAUACUCACUGGUGCUUAACGCUCUUUCAUCGGUCCACCUCAAAGCUUUGGGCCUGAAAGUUGAAUUCCAACAAUUAUUUGCGAUCGUUAGAAUUGGUUUCAGAAAGGGAUGUACCCUUCAGCAGUUUAAUCUUAAAAUUUGAGGAGAAGAUAAAUUUGGCAGUAUCUGGACUACAAAGGUUUUAAGCUCAGUAAUUUAAUUGAAAAUUGAGACAACUGCAAAUGAAUUUAUUUUUAAAAGUGGCCUAGAAAGUAUUGCCAACAUUCAAGACCUCAACAUUUUCUGGUCAUUUAUGACUCCUUUUCUGACCUGCACCAAUACGUACACGAAGGUGCAUCUCCACGGGGGUCACAGACAAAAUGAAUUUGCUUUUAAGAUUUACCAAUGCCGAUACAAACUUAAUAGUUUUUUGGUAAACUUUUGUCUUUUAACCGAUGAUCGCUUAAGAUUUAAAGCACGUCUGGCUAAUAAAGCUCUUUUGAAAACCACGUUUGUUAUAUCUGGUCCUAAAUUGUGAGGAACACUAUUUUGUAUGUUGAUGACUUCGUAGAAGGUUUGUCUGCAUCUAAUUUGAAGAUACGGUGGACGGUUGCCAUGCUUUUGAUGAAGAACAGUGCCUUUUGAGACUGAAUCGCUAACAACCCUCAUUGCUUCUGACUAACCACAACUCAAUGCUAAAAUCUUACCAAGGUCAUCCACCAGAAACUAAUGUCAAGGAUACAACAUAAAAGUUGCUUCUGAAACUCAUGUGGUUUUUCCAUUUGUAGCGAUCUAUCUUGUAGACUUUGGCCGUAGGAUUGCUAGCUUCUCACAACAUCAAUUAGUAGUAAGCUGUUUGUUAUAGGAAUGUAUUUAAUUAAUUGUAGCUAUCUUCCGACCUUUUCAGCUAUUUUUGUACGCUUUAUGUAAGAUAUCUAAGGUACCAUGCUUGUGAAUGUUAGCUUAUGUUGGUCA